GAUAAUAAUCUUCUUGUUUAAUACAGCAAAGUAAUUGUUAAUUAGGAUAAAAUGUCUAAAUCAAAGAAUCAUACUGCCCAUAACCAAACCAAAAAGGCUCACAAAAAUGGUAUUAAAAAGCCAAAGACCAACAAAUAUCCUUCAUUAAAAGGUGUUGAUGCUAAAUUUAAAAGAAAUCACAGAUACGCUUUACAUGGUACCACUAAAGCUUUAGCUGGUGCUCGUGCUGCCAAAUACGCUGCUUAAAUUUAUUUAAGUUUAAACUGAAUAUAAUUAUAAUCAAUUUUCAAACCAUUCCAAUUCACAUAUUAUCUAUAUAUAUAAAGAAACAUAUAUAAUUGGUCUAUUGUAUAAUGUUAACAUAUUUCAUGCUUUAAAUUUUCAUAUAUAACUAACGCAUUUAAGUAUUAAUAAAGCUAUUUUAUAAGUCAUAAACC